AAUUUCAAAAUAAAAUUACAUCAGUAACUAUUUAUCCAGACGUAGGUUAAAAUUGUUUUUAUUUUGACGUGUCAAACAGUAUCGACCACAAUUCUAUAAAUGCCUGAUCGAGCAUUGAAAUGAUGAGGUGUAAACUUAUUAACACUCGUUUUGAAUUUUGUCUCCUAGGGGAAACUAACACAUACACGUAGCUGGCUCAGUUUCGUUGUUACUAGCUAUGUUACUUUGAUGCGGAACAGCCGGUCAAAAUGACACGCGUCACUUUCCUACACCCGGAUCUCGGCAUCGGAGGAGCAGAGAGAUUAGUCGUGGAUGCUGCGUUAGCUUUGAAGGAAAACGGGUACGAGGUUAAUUUCGUGACAACUCAUCACGAUCCGGAACAUUGUUUCGCCGAAACAAAAGACGGGACGAUCCCCGUCACGGUCGUGGGAGACUGGCUGCCCAGACAGAUUCUCGGUAGAUUCUUCGCGGUCUUCGCUUACGUUCGUAUGAUCUAUGCAGCUGCUUACAUCGUUCUAUGCCAACAGCGGCCAGACAUCGUGUUCUGUGAUUUAGUCUCCGUGUGCAUACCGAUCCUCCGACUGAGGAUUCCGUACGUUAUUUUUUAUUGCCAUCACCCGGACCAGUUGCUCUCUCGACCUGAAGGCAUUACCAAACGGUUGUACCGGGUGCCUAUCGAUUAUUUCGAAGAGGUGACGACCGGGAUGGCACAUAAAGUACUUGUAAAUAGCAUGUAUACACUCUCUGUGUUUAAAGAGACCUUCAAGAGACUCAGUAUAGAACCGGAAAUCUUGUAUCCGUCUAUCAACACGAACUUCUUCGAUAAAACUCGAGUAAUGUCGUUGGAAAGAGUUCUGGACAGGAAGCUACCACCAGGUAGUGUCGCGUUGCUGUCGAUCAAUAGAUACGAGCGUAAAAAGAAUCUGGGAUUAGCGAUAGAAGCGUUGGCCGAGCUCAAGAAGUAUUUGCCAGAGGAGGAGUACAAGAAAGUGUAUUUAAUCAUGGCCGGUGGAUACGACAAGAGAGUAGAGGAGAACGUGGAAUACUAUUUAGAAUUGAUAGGGCUUGCCGAUGAGUUGCACGUUACAGAUAAUGUAAUAUUCCUUCGUUCUCCUUCGGAUAUCGACAAGGUAUCGAUUUUGCAUCAUUGUAAAAUCGUUUUGUAUACGCCGCAAAACGAGCACUUCGGUAUCGUGCCUCUCGAGGCGAUGUACAUGUGCAAGCCAGUGAUCGCGCACAAUUCCGGCGGCCCGACGGAAUCUAUAAUAUCCGAGGUCACCGGAUUCCUGGUCGACUCCACUGGCGACGCGUUUGCCGAGAAAAUAGCUUAUCUGAUUAAAAAUCCGAACGUCAUGCAGGAAUUCGGUAACGCGGGGAAAAACAGAUUUAUGAAGAUCUUUAGUUUCGCCGCGUUCAGUGCUCAAUUAAACGUUACGAUCGAAGACUUAAUUAGCGAUAAGAAAUUGAAAUGAUUUAUCAUUCAGGGUUUGUUAUAUAUUCUAUAAGAAAGACUUUUAAGUUAUAUCUUUAUGGUACUGCCUUGAUAUCGCAGACUCGGGGUGUGCGUCAAACACUUGUUUAUUAUAUACAAAUGGUAAUUACAAAUCCGCCUUCUUACAUAAAUCAUAUCUAUUUAUUAUUUGUAUUUAUUGUGCAUUUAUAUUACAUGCGGACGAGACUGUGGGACCAUUAAACGUCAUUAAAAAAUUA